UUUAUUUUUAUUGACGGUGGUUGGACUAGACCGCCUUUGCUGAAGAUGCAACCCACCUGGUAAUUCUUCCUCUGUUGCCAUCGCCGGAGAGCAGACUCUUUCUUGAAGUCACGAGAAACAUCAUCAAACUUAUAAAUAACUCUCCGACUACUAUAUACUUACUUAGAGAUAGAGAGAGAGAGAGAGAGAUAGAGGGGGAGAGAUCUGAGCUACCAUGGGCGUGGAUUACUACAAGGUUCUUCAAGUGGACCGCAACGCUAAAGACGAUGAUUUGAAGAAAGCAUAUCGGAAACUCGCUAUGAAGUGGCACCCUGAUAAGAACCCUAAUAACAAAAAAGAUGCCGAAGCCAAAUUCAAAACCAUCUCCGAGGCCUACGAUGUUUUGAGUGAUCCACAAAAGAGAGCAGUUUAUGAUCAGUAUGGUGAAGAGGGUUUGAAGGGGCAGAUGCCACCUCCCGGAGCUGGUGGCUUUGGGUUUUCCGGCAUGCCCCAUGAUGGUGGCUCAACCACAUUCAGGUUUAAUCCCCGAAAUGCAGAUGAUAUCUUCUCAGAGUUUUUCGGGUUCUCAAGUCCAUUUGGAGGAUCACAUUCACAUUCACAUUCAGGGAGCCAGUUUCAAAGAAGUAUGUUUGGAGAUGACAUUUUUUCUCAAUUCAGAGGCGCUUCUGGUGUUGGUGAAGGAUCAUCAGCAAAUAUGCCACCUAGGAAAGGAGCCAUGAUUGAACGCGUGUUGCCAUGUAGCUUGGAGGACUUGUUUAAAGGAACUACAAAGAAGAUGAAGAUUUCAAGAGAUGUUUCUGAUGGAUCCGGGAGAUCGAGUACAGUAGAAGAAAUACUGGCAAUAGAAAUAAAACCGGGUUGGAAAAAGGGAACAAAAAUCACAUUCCCUGAAAAAGGAAACGAACAAAGAGGUGUAAUUCCUUCAGAUCUUGUGUUCAUCAUUGAUGAAAAACCACACCCUGUUUUCAAACGAGAUGGAAAUGAUCUUGUGUGCACCCAAAAGAUAUCAUUAGCAGAAGCGCUAACAGGUUACACUGCACAAAUCUCAACCCUUGAUGGACGAAAUCUAACGGUUCCCAUCAAUAGUGUAAUUACUCCUACUUAUGAAGAAGUUGUUAAAGGUGAAGGUAUGCCUAUUCCCAAACAACCAACCAAAAAAGGGAAUUUGAGGAUCAAUUUUGAUAUAAAGUUCCCCACUCGAUUGACAUCCGAUCAAAAAACGGGUAUCAAGAGGUUGCUGACGUCUUCUUGAAGUUUGAGCUUUUCUAUUUCUAUAUUCAGAUACAGAUACACUUGUCUGUUUCAUUUCAUGUUGGCUAUCAGACCGGUUGGUGGAGUUUUUUUGUUUUAGUUUGUUUGCAUUAGAUAUUUAUUUUCUCAAAGGAAUAUUGUGAUUUGUGAUCAUUUAGAUUUUGUUUUGGUUUGUGAUUUUUGUGUAAUUUGGUUAACUUUUUGUAUGGAUUGAUAAUUUGAGGGAAGAUGUCUUCACACACACACACAACAUGAG